GUGGCUAAAGUAGCUAGCAAGCUGUCAAGCUGUCAAGUGGAGAGGCUGGGACAAACGUUUCAGCUUCCCCAGGCUUGGCCACACAAACGCGGCCAUUUAUUUCCCCACAAGUCAUUGUAAGCCAUAGUUUGUGUCGUCAGCUGGGAUAAUGUAAUUCUUCACGGGCGCACGUCAACAGGGACAUUCGUAACUAUAAUUAGAUGCAUUUUGUACUGAGUGACGAUUAUUACUUGCUAACAGGCUAGCUAGCCUAGCUGUGCCGUCGUAAAUUCAUAAUUUCAUCGAGUUGUCCAUUCUGGUCCAACGAAUUAUAACACUGUCCAGCUUUGUUCUGCAGUUUUGCUCCUGUCCAUUCGUAAUUGGAUUUUUGGUGGGACACAAUGGGGGCUUUCCUGGAUAAACCAAAGAUGGAGAAAUACAAUUCUCAUGGUGAGGGGAAUAGCUUGAGGUAUGGGCUGAGCAGCAUGCAGGGCUGGCGAGUGGAGAUGGAAGAUGCGCACACAGCAGUAAUAGGCCUGCCUCAUGGGCUGGACCUUUGGUCCUUCUUCGCUGUUUAUGAUGGCCAUGCAGGCUCUCAGGUGGCCAAAUACUGCUGUGAGCACCUGCUUGAGCACAUCACAACCAAUUCAGACUUCCAGAGUGCUCUGCAGGAGGAAGCCUGUGUAGACAGUGUGAAGAACGGGAUCCGCACAGGGUUCCUGCAGAUUGAUGAACAUAUGCGAACCAUCUCAGAGAAGAAGCACGGUGCGGACCGCAGUGGUUCAACUGCAGUGGGAGUGUUAAUUUCUCCCACUCAUGUGUAUUUUAUCAACUGUGGUGACUCACGUGCCCUGCUGAGCAGGGCUGGGGCAGUGCACUUCUUCACACAGGAUCACAAACCUAAUAAUCCCUUGGAGAAGGAGAGGAUCCAGAAUGCUGGUGGCUCUGUUAUGAUCCAGCGUGUCAAUGGCUCCCUGGCUGUGUCCCGAGCUCUUGGAGACUUCGAUUACAAAUGUGUGCAUGGAAAAGGCCCUACAGAGCAGCUGGUGUCUCCUGAGCCUGAAGUUUAUGCUAUAGAGCGAUGUGAAGCAGAAGAUGAAUUUAUAAUUCUAGCAUGUGAUGGCAUCUGGGAUGUUAUGGCCAAUGAACAACUCUGUGACUUUGUCAGGUCAAGGCUAGAAGUGACAGAUGACCUUGAACGAGUCAGCAAUGAAAUCCUUGACACCUGCUUGUACAAGGGGAGUCGAGACAAUAUGAGUGUUGUGCUAGUCUGUUUUUCUGGGGCACCCAAGGUUUCACCCGAGGCAGUGAAGCGUGAAUUUGAGCUGGAUAAAUACUUGGAAUCCAGAGUAGAAGAAAUAAUCAAAAAGCAAGGAGAUGAAGGAGUCCCAGAUUUGGUCCAUGUGAUGCGGACAUUAGCAUCUGAAAGCAUCCCUAACCUUCCUCCUGGAGGGGAGCUGGCAAGCAAGCGAAGCGUAAUUGAAGCAGUAUACAACAAACUGAAUCCGUAUCGAAGUGAUGACACGGACUCGGCCUCCACGGACGACAUGUGGUAACCCAAGCUCUGGCACUAACACAGCGUUUACACAGCACCACCUCUCCAGACCACAGCAGCUCGCUCAGAGGCCUUUGGACCUCUGGGCUCUGGGUUUUCAAGAAGGGAAAUGAAUGAGAGGAGGGAGGCGGAGAUGCAUGCACACCAACGUCUUAAGUGCUGCACCAGUCCACUCUGGAUUCAGGAUCCCCAGCGUCUUGUCUCCAUCUGUCCUCACCUUGUACUCUCCUCUAAAGUAACCCAUAACAAGUGAGUCCUCAAGGUUUUCUUAUUUUUGGUUCAAUUAUCCGCUUCUGUAGAAAGUUUAUUUUUGCUGUAAUUAAUUUGAUUCACAUUUCUAUUUGUGUGUGUUUGUAUAUUUCUGUUUUUGUGAAGUGCAAUUGUCGUGUACAAAUGGCCUGUAUUUAUGCAGUUUGAUUUUAAGUUAAAUGAAAAAGAGAACCUUCCAUGCACUGUCUGCCUUUUUCUGCCCUUCUGGAACUGUUCCAAAUGUCUGAGUGAAGACUUCUGCUUGCCCUUCCGCCACACAGCGCUUUCCUUUUCAUUCAAACAGUUGUACUCUGAAGAAACGGGUAAAUGUAUAGAUGACAGCAAAGUAAGCUCUCUGUUCCACACUAUUAACCCUGUGCUUUUAUUGUAUUUUUAUUUUUCUAUGUAUAUUUCUAAACAUGCUUCUAUCGAAACACAGAGCCCUGGAAGUGUGUGUCAGUGGAAAGGGAGCUCUGAAUGUGCAGCUUCUAUCAAAGUCCAUAAAUCUUUUGUUUUGUGCCCCCAUAACAUUAUUGAGCACAACGUUUACAAAUUGUUGGGGUUUUUUUAUGUUUCAAAACCGUAUGUCACAGAUUACAUUAUUCGGCGGAAUCCCUAGUUUGCCACUGUAAAUAAGGCGGUCAUUUUUUUCAAAAUUAUUCUCAUCAAAAUCCUGUUAAAAUGUGACAUAGUUUAGAAAGAUCAUUUUUCAACAUGUCAACAUGUUUUAACAAAUGUUUACUUUUAGCACAAAAUUGAAAGGCAGUUUAAUUUCUUGUAUUGAGGAACUAAUUGUAAUGAUCGUGCAGUUCAGCGAUUCCAUCUGACCUGCCCAUUGUUUCCUAACAUAUGCUUUAUAACAACCUUUUCCAAUUUCUUUUUCGUGAUAGGUAGUGGAAACCUCUAAAGCUACAAUAUUGUUAUGACUUUAUGAUGACUACAUUUAUCUGGCCAGUGACAUAAUAAAUCCAAACUUUUAAUCAAGUUUGAAUUGAAUAAUAAUAAACUUGAUAUAAUAAACUUAAUUACCCAUUUUGUACAACCUUUGUUGCCAAAACUUUUUCAGUAUAUCGAAUAGCCAUUAUCAAGUAUUUUUCAUAAUUUAACCCAAGAACAAAUGUUUCAUUUUCUUAGCACUUAAAUUCUCUGCUAAGCCCCCUCCACUGCAUAGAAACCAUAGACUGUAUGAAGAUAUGAUAUAUACAGUCUAUGAUUCAAACACAGAGCAGUAUGCUGCAGCUUGCCACUUGUGUAUUUGUGUGAUACUUUCCCAUACUGACAUUCACUUUGUUUGUGUCAACAAAUCUUUUAAAAAUGUUUCUAACUUUUUUUUAAUUUAUUUUUUGCAACACCAUUGUUGGAGAUUCAUGUAUGUAUAUAUUUUUGACUUUCAAGGAAUAAAUCAUGUUGCUUGAGCUAGUUCUUUUUGCCAUAGACAAAGGAUGAUUCUAGUGUAUAUCUGGAGUCGGUCUUAUUGUACUACUUUAGACAAUCCUAACCUUUAUUACAUGACCCUUUAUGAUUUGUGUAGAUACAUUCUUUUACCUGCUUUAAAUGUGCUUUUUUGACAAAUGGGUCAGAGAUCACAUUGAGUUGAUUUUUAAAAUUGGCCUAAAAGUAUUAAAGUGUUUCAUGCUUUCUUUAGGCCUCUUUAACUGAUAUCAAGACAGUAGUGCUCUGUGGUGAAGGCCAAGCUCACAGCACAGACCACGCCCAGUCCAAGAGCAGCUCUGUAGACUUCACCCUCUUUACUACAAAUUUCCUGAGAAAAACAAGUACUCAAAUACUGAAGGCUGAGUGGAUCUGAGGAAUUGAACACUGGUUAGAAAUGUGUUUGAUUUUGAGGAUGCACUUAACCACCAGCUCAAUAGGCAUGUAUAAGCUACUGCAGCCAUUCUGGUCACGCAACACAAAUAUCAGUCAAUAGUAAAUUCCAUAACUGGUAUUUUAGUUUGCACUGUAGAGUCUGGCAUAUGGCUGCUGUAAACUAAGACAAUGGAAGUACCAUGGUUUUAUUCAGAUACUCUUGCCUUCACUCCACUUCACACACUACUUUUUAUUUCUUAGCAUCACAAAAAUGUAAUAACAUUUAAAACGUUUUAUUUAAAAAGAAAAUAUUUAUUUCAGUGCAUAUUUACAAUAUGUUGUGCAGUCUCAGUUUCAAAAUAAAGGCUCAUCUGUCUUAAGAACCCAAUUCCUCCUGUGCUAAUGUCAUAUCCCAAUUGUUGGUGGUUAUUGGAGAGCUUUUGCCUAUUGUACUUUAUCACUAAUUUGCAGCUUACAUCUGAAAGUUGCUUUCUGAAAAACUUAGAACAAAUCUAUCUCCCCCCUUUUCACUUUGCCUCAUAAUGUUGUGCUUGUGUCAAUAAAAAUAGUUGAGACUUACUAGUUUGCCCCUCACCCUGUAUCUCCUGUUGACUGAAUUGUUCCAAUUUUAAAGUAAAGAGUUGAUAUGAUUAGUAUUGUAUUUUACAUUUCAAAACACUAUUGGUCUUUGGUAAAAUAUGGUGUCCUUAUUUGUGAUACUUGCAAACAUAGGGUUAAGGGGCUUUAGCAAAGUGUAAUAUUACUCUAAGAUUAGAAUAAAUGGUUGUACCAUGCACUUAAUGAAAUCAGAAAAAUUGAAUAUAAACCGAUAUAUUAAGCUCUUUGAUGCUGACUUGGUUGCCUGUGCCCAGUUAUCUAAUGCACAAGGCUGGUCAGGAGGUUGUCCUCUUUUAUGUAACCAACAUGUUCCUGGGUUGUGUGGUUAACUGUGCUGCCCUAACCGUGGUGGUUCUUUCUCCACCACUCAGAGAUAAGCUCACCGAUUUGCCUUACCUGAUGAUCUGUAUUCCCUCAAAGUGUGCUCCACCACAGAUAUGGCCCUGCUUCCUCUCAUCACAGCACCUGUAAGGCUUGUGUAGCCGUUUUCAGAGACUGUAUGUCCAGACCUGCUACAUUUUCUUUACCCAUUUAAAGUUAAAUGGGUAAAGAAUCUCUUAUUUUGAUUCAUUUCUAUAGCAAAUAAAUCUAAUCUGUUUCUAUAAAAAUGGACACGGUUGUUAUCAGUAAAGGUCUGAACCUCUGUUAGUGAACACAAGCCAUGCUGUAGCUUGGUGGGAACUUGGCUUUUGAUUGUUGGUGUGUGUUUCCAUGUCUCUGCAAAGAGACUGUCCUGGUUCAACAAGGUACAAGCUUCCAGCCUGUGGUUGGUUGGAAGCUCUUCUUUUUUCCAUGUUUUUGAAUUUUGAGAAAUAAACCUGACAUGAGUUUUCACCUCAGGUGAUAUCAUACCUAUUCAAGUAUUAACAUGGCAACCUCAUGAUGAUGUGCACACAUACAUUCAUGUUGGAUACAUCUAUGAUUACAUGCAGGAAUGACUUUAGAGUGCUGUAGAUAAAUAUUGUCAUGUUGAUUCAAAAGCUUGUCAGAGGCCUCUGUGAGUGAUUUGACAACGUUCAAUAACUGUAUAUUUUGUAUUCUAUUUUAGCUCCAAAGGAAUGGCAGAGAAAAAUACAAAACAUGUUUAAAAAAGCUUUGUUCCCUGAACUAAAUCGUACUAUUUGUGUUGUCAAUUGAACAAAUUGCAUUCCUUGCCUGUGAAUUUAUGCAUUUUCUCCCUCUCCUUACAUCUCUUCUUUUACCUUCAUUUCUUUCAUUUUUUUUAGCCUUUGAAGUUUGAAGAAAUUUCUAGUUUGCAGAAUGUAUUACUAAAUAAAUGGCUUGUCAUCUUGUA